AAUACAAUUUUUGCCCUAAUAUCAAAGGUCUUACUAGAAAAAAAGAAAUUAUGAUCCAACGUGAAUUUUCUUGAUAAAAAAAUAUGAUCAUGCCUGGUAACAUGUGCAUGUAAAAUGGCUAGAAAUAGCAUUUUAGCUUAGCGUAAAGCUGACAAUUUACACAAGCUUUAUUUCUAUUUCUUCUGCUUCAAACUUACUUCAAACUUACUUCUCUGUCUGCUCGUAUGAAUGUAACACAUCAUAAGAAAGUGUUUCACCGCUGUUCAAAUGCACUUUGGAUCGCAUCAUUUAUAUGGAUAAAUGUUUUCCAUCUGAAAGGACUAAAUAUUAAAUGAAACAAAUGACAAUAAAAUGCAAAGUAAUCUCAUCAGUAAUCAAAAUACUUUUUGAAUGUAACUGUAUUCUAAUUAACAAUGAUUUAAAUUGUAACUGUAGUGGAAUACAGUUACUUAUAUUUGUAUUUUAAAUACGUAAUCUCGUUACAUGUAUUCCGUUACUCCCUAACCCUAUAUAUAUUUGAAAUAAAAUGUUUCAUCCUUUUUUCAUUUUCUUUUGGCUCUCCCUUCUGACUUUCUAUCAAAAAUGUCAUUUGAAAUUGUGAGAUCUACAUAUAUCUGUGAACGCAUGGAAGUAAAGACUCUUUUAGCACAUCAAUUUCUUGUUUGGCUGCAUCUUCAGGGCCUCAGCUUCUCUUCCUUUGACCCAGCUUCACCGAGGACCACUGAUCUAUAUAUAUAGAUCAGUGCCGAGGACACGUCUGUUGUUUCUCGGAAGUGACGAAACCAAAAUACUGAUGGCGGCUCACAGUUGGCUCCCGGAUAUGUACUUAAACAAAUUUAAUGGCGUCUGAUUGGACUUUUUGCACACUUGAUCAUUUGUCUGGUGUCUGUACAAUAACGUCGAAGCAGUUGAGCACAAGAGUCCUGAAUUCGAAGCGGGAUAAUUUGUUGUAGAGCUCGCUGGAGGGCUAACUGGCUUGCCAGUAAAAUACAAGUCCAGUCAGCUUGUGAUCUCAGAGGUUUGUUUGUGUGCUACACACUGAAAAGAUCGCCGUUAACUUUGGACAGUUUAGUUAUGUUGUGACAGCGGCUCACUGGUCCAAGUGCAACCGAGUCACCGUUUGGCUAAAAACGUUUUGUUACUUUGAAGAGCAGACAAGCUGAGGGAAGUGGUUAGCCGACCUGAUUAGCUGCAGCCGUAAUUUUAGUUCUUCUGAAGUCACUGGUCUCCACUGGAUAGUCUCUUCUAUGAUUCACCUUUGCGCCAAUCCCCCACUGUCAACAUGUUGAAGACACGUCAGUGUUUACUCGGGUUUCGCACUUUCCUUGGAGUGACGUCUAGAAUAUGGAGUUUCUUUUUAUACAUACUCAGGAAACAUCUACGAACGAUAAUCCAGUACCAAACAGUGCGUUAUGACAGAUUACCUCUCUCCCCUGUUUCCAGAAACAGACUCCAUGCGGUGAAGAGGAAGAUCUUUGUGUUGGAUCUGGAUGAGACUUUGAUUCACUCUCACCAUGACGGUGUCCUUAGACCUACAGUGAGGCCUGGUACACCGCCAGACUUCAUCCUCAAGGUGGUAAUAGACAAACACCCAGUCAGGUUUUUUGUCCAUAAAAGGCCACAUGUCGAUUUCUUUUUAGAAGUGGUUAGUCAGUGGUAUGAGUUGGUGGUGUUUACAGCUAGUAUGGAGAUAUACGGAUCGGCAGUAGCAGAUAAGCUGGAUAACAACCGGGGUAUCCUUAAACGAAGAUACUACAGACAGCACUGCACUUUGGAUUUAGGGAGCUACAUAAAAGAUCUGUCUGUAGUACACAAAGAUCUCUCCAGUAUAGUUAUUCUGGACAACUCACCUGGAGCUUAUCGAAGUCACCCAGACAAUGCAAUACCUAUAAAGUCGUGGUUUAGUGACCCAAGCGACACAGCACUUCUUAACCUGCUCCCAAUGUUGGAUGCAUUGAGGUUUACCUCAGAUGUUCGCUCCGUCCUCAGUCGAAAUCUCCACCAGCAUCGGCUCUGGUGAUCAUAUCUGUCGAGGACGGUCUCUUCUGGCCUCGUUUUUACACAGCUCUGCCUGCUAGGUAUUAGCCUCUCGAACUGUAAGCCCUCAUCAUCGUGAGCUCACACGAGUUAUAUGGACUCCUGCGGAAAUGCUAGGAGAAGACAUGGGAGGACAGAGAGUAAAGAUACUUAUGAUGGAGAAGCUAUUUCAGAUAAACUCAAAACAAACGGAGAGGCCAGAAUUUGUUCUUGUAUUCUUUUUCCUUAAAAAAUGGACACUGCCUUACAGUUGUUGGAUCUAAUGUGUGUAUGUUGGAGUAUUUCUAAAUGAAAGAGGGAGAAUGAUUGUGAUUUCCAUUUUACCUUACAUUUUUGAGGUAAAUAAAGAAUCAAUGAACAGGUUAUAACAACCAGUCACUUUCCACAAUUCGUUAGCACUUAGUCCUCCUUUCUUCAAUAUCUGCGCUUGUCUUUUUAGUUUUGCGUGACCCUAGCAAAAGUGUUCACUUCCCUAUCUUAUCUACUCAUUCUAUUUAUACAUGAUGCCAGAUAGGACAUACAAGACUCGCACACCAAUUUUUACUAUCGGGAGAAAAUUCACCAAAGUGCUCAUCUUGUCAGAACCCACAAUCCAUUAAACAUAUUUUACUGGACUGUCAUACUUCUACACAUCUGAGGAACCUGUAUUAUUCAGUUGAUACUUUUGAAAAGGUUUUUAAUCAAGUAAAUCCAAAUUUAGUUUUAAGGUUUUUAGGAAAAAUGAAUCUUAAACACCUUAUUUAACUCUUUUUAAAUAACUAAACCUGGCUCCCACCGUGAAUAUAGCCAUAGAAGCUGGCAUGGUGUAAAAAAUGAAAGAAACAAAACAAACAAUCUACUCAUUCACUUGCUCUUUUGUCUGUCUGCCAUCUCAGGUAUCUGAUCCACUUCUUUAUGUUAAAGGGAUAGUUCACCCAGAAAUUAAAAUUCUGUCAUUUAUUUGUUCCAAACUCGUUCCAUGACUUUACUUUCUUUUGUUAAACGUACAGAUAGCCUCAGUCACCAUUCACUUGAAUUGCAUAUUUUUUUUUUUUUCCAUACAAUGAAAGUGAAUGGUGAGAGGCUAACAUUCUGCCUAUCAUCUCCAUGGAUGAAUGUAAGUCAGAUUCAUUUGAAACACCACAUUUGGUGAAUAAAUAAAGACAGAAUUUUCUUCUUAUUCACAGUAGCACCAUCUUGGAUUUUUCAUGGGAAAGAAAACGAGGCAGUGAGGGAUAGACUUGCAGUCUCUUCAAUGGUAUGCAUGGUAUAAAUCUAGGUCCCAUCUGAUUUUCCACAACUCAUGUUGUAUGGAUCUUUUUUCUACUGAAUGUUUUUGGAAAGAUAUUUUUUUCAAUGUUUUGUCUGCAGAAAAAUCCAAAAAUACUUUAAAUUGCAGUAUAGCCCAUUGUAGAGUCUCUAUGUCUAUGCCUCACAGCUUUGUUGUCAUUCCUGUCAAAAAUCAAAGAUGGCGCUGCUGUGAAUAAGGUCUGUUACUACUUCAAGAGCUGUAGAGCUGUUGACACUGUGGUGAAGUGAACUAUAAAAUCAGCAGGAGAGAAACAGCUCUUUAAUAUAUAUAGUUACAGCUUAAGGUAUUGAUUUGUCAGUUUUUUGUUUGUUUGUUUGUUUUUACACUGGCUCACAUGUGAAAUCCCUGGAUAAAUUAGAGGUGUUUUUCAUCUGUCUGGAAGUUAAUAUUUUAGAAAUUUUUUAACAUUGAUACAUCAUUGAUUGAUAGAGAGAGAAACUUAGCAACAAGGACUCUGUUAUAAUGAAGAAAUAAAAUGGAGCCUUUUGUCAAGAACUGAAAAUGACAGUCUCUUCCACCUUUUUGGGUACUCUAAAUUUUAGAAUUGCUGAACUUUAAAAAGUGAAAUAACAUAUUCAGACACUUUUCAAGCACUUUUCUCAAUUGACUGUUUACAAAUCCUGCAUCAAUGGUCUCUGUGAUUUUAUUAUAAUUUUAUUUAAAACCUCUGAAGCUCAAAAUAAUUUAUUGGAGAAAAAUAAUGAAAUAUGUUGUUUUAAAAACAACCAAUUUUAAAAUAAGAUGUACCACUACAGCUCACACAAUCAGUGGUGGUCCAUUUUUGGCCCAUUGUUCCAGACAGGUUUGCUCUAGCAGUUUUCAUUUUCUACAGUGGCAAAAAAACGUAUGUGAACCCUUAGGAAUUACCUGCAUUCAUGUAUAAAUUUGUAUUAAAAUCUGGUUUGAUCUUCAUCUAAGUUAAAAUAAUGAAAAACACAUCUGUUUUAACACAAACUAUUGUAUUGUUCUUGUACAUAUUGAAUACAUCAUGCAAACAAUUACAGUGUAGGAUGGAUAAAGUAUGUGAACCCCUAGGCUAAUGACUCUAAUUAGCUUUUGUUGGAGUCAGGAGUUGGCAAACCUGGCAUCCAAUUAAUAAAAUGAGAUUGAAGGUGUGUGUUAGAGCUACUUUGACUUAUAAAAAGCACUCACAUAGUUUUUUUGUUUGCUGUUCACAAGAAGUGUUUGCUGAUGUGGACCAUGCCUCACAAAAAAGGAGAUGGCAGAAGACUGAAGAUCAAGAAUUGUUGCUUUGGAUAAAUCUGGAAAGAGUUACAAAGUUACCUUGAAGAGCUUAGAUGUUUAUCUGUCCACAGUUAGACAAAUUGUCUAUAAAUGGAGUCGAUUUAGUACUGUGGCUACUCUUCCGAGAAGUGGCCGUCCAGCCAAGAUGACGCAAAGGGCACACCGCAGAAUGCUCAAUGAGGUAAAAAGAAUCCAGAGUGACAGCUAAAGAAUCAUUGGACCUGUCAGAACCAGAGCCCAGACCUUAACCCAGUUGAGAUGCUGUGGAAUGACCAAGAGAGCCAUUCACACCAGACAUCCUAAGAAUAUGGCUGAGCUGAAGCAGUUCUGUAUGGAAGAAUGGUCUGAAAUUCCUAAUCUGCAGCUAACGGAAACAUUAGUUUGAGGUUAUUGCUGCCAAAAGAGGAUCGACCAGUUAUUAAAUCCAGGGGUUCACGAUUUCCACAGCACUGAAUGUUUAAUGGGAUGUGUUCAAUAAAGAUAUUAAAUAUUAUAAUUGUA